AUGGCGGAUGUUCCGCACACACUUUACAGUUCGGGACCAAGUUUGAUUUUGGCUUUUCACACCGAUAAAAGAUCGAGUAAUUCAUCUGGAUUUUUUGGAAAUUUCCGAUUCGUCGACAGACGAUUGUUUCAAACGGACGGUCAAAAGUUACCAGGUACCAAAUGUGAUUAUCAAUUCAUAAGUUCAAAUUAUUCACUCAUACACGGUAAAUUUUAUUCGCCCAGAUACCCGUCGAAUUAUCCGAAAAACGUUAAAUGCUCGUAUAAAUUCCGUGGUAAAUUCAAAGAAAGAAUUCAAAUUGUUUUCGAGGAAGUGACCUUACAAAAAGGAGAUUUGAGGGGAGGGAAUGGGGGUGGGGGGAACGUCGAAGAUUUGGUGAAAAUCGUGUCGAACCGCGUAAACGUGCGGUUUAUAUUUAAAUCGAUUAAAUCCCGUUAA